UUGGUUCGGUUCGCAGGAGGAAAAGCUGGAAAACUUGGUCUUUUGGCCUCCCAUUCAUAAGCAACAGUGAACGCGUGGGCAAUCGUUGGCACUAGGGUGGUGGUGAAUACUAAUUUUUAUUAUUAUUUCAUCUCAUGAACGAAUUUGUAUUUAAUGCAGAUUUUAUUCAGGGUAUGCAAAUUCGAGUAAUUGAGUGGCAGUAUUAGUGAUGUUAAAUUAGUGCUUGCAGCGCCGGAUCGAUUAUUGAGUUGUAAUCCAAUUAGGUGAAAUAUUCCGUGCCGAAUGCCUAUCUAUACAAUAGUGGAACCAGUGUUGAUACCCAUUAUACAGGAAGAAAAUAUAAGCGCAUGAAAUAAGUGCUGUCUUUUUGUUACAAAACGUGGAACAAGGCAACGACAUAAUAGUGCUGUAAUGAGAAAAAUUCAAUAGUGUUUUCCCGAAACGAAACGAAACGAGGUGUCGUCGCUCAACCAAAAGGAUUAUCCAUGGCCAACUUGAGGAUUACCAUGACCCGGAUGCAUUACGGAUUAAAUUUCAUCAUACUGAUUAUCGUUUCCUCCAUCUACGGCAACCACACGCUGGACAGUGGGAAGGCGAGCAAAAACAGCAGCAGCGGCAGCUCGAGUCCAUCGUCCAAUGCAACCGCGAACGAACCGCUGGCAGCCCUUUCCCUCAUCCCGGACGAAGAGAUAGCGCACUUUGUGAAUCAGUCCCGAAUAACGACUUGCAAGUUUUCCCAGCCGGACGUUAGACUUCAGUGGCGCAACCCGAGGAACACCAUCAUCAGUGACACCAAAGGUCGGGUUCACAUCGAGGAGAUUGCCGGUUCACUGUUGCUGGUUUUCGAGUCCAUUGUCCGGGCGGAUCAGGGCAGCUGGACCUGCGAGGCGGACACCGGCGGAACCGUGCUGAAAAAAUCCUUCAAAAUGAUUGUUAACGAGCCAAUCUCGUUCCGGGACACCAGCACUGUCCAAACGGCAACCGAAGAUAAGGAUGCGACCAUCCGUUGCGAGGUCAGAGGACAUCCGGAGCCAUCGGUGUCGUGGUACUUCAACGGGCAACCAUUGUUCCCCCCAAACACGAAGUACACGGCCCUGGCCGACGGGUUGCUCGUCAAAAAGGUAUCAAAGAACGACAGCGGCGAGUACACGUGCAAGGCGUUUCAGGUUUCCUCUUCCGGCAGCAGCUUCGAGGAGAAAACGAUCCGGCUCAACAUCAAACAUAGGCCCUAUUUCCAGAAGCCUCGGGGUGGCUACUCGUGGGGUAACGUCACAUACGGAUACGUGGGCGGUGCGGUUAACUUGACCUGCGAUGCCGUGGCCGAACCGCCAGCCACAUUCACCUGGUCGUCCAACAAUAAAAAGUUUUCCCAUAAAAAUCACAUCAUCUACAAUGGGUCGCAUGUUUCCAUGUUGCAGAUAGUGAUCAAAAACAGCACCGUUUUCGGCAAGUACAAGUGUGAAGCAAAGAACGAGCUCGGCACGAUAUCACGGGAAAUUCAGCUGCGAGAAGGCACAAAGCCCGAUCCGCCCAGCAGGUUCCAGCUGCGGGGCGUAAAUUCCGACACGCUGGACAUUGAUGUCGGUGCCACAAAAUCGCACGACGUCGAUCCGGACCAUUCGACCAUCAUCGGAUAUCGCUUCGAGAUGAUUCCCACCGAAGAGUUCGCCAAGCACCGCAAAUGGGAACGAGCUCAUCGACGUGACUUUGACGUCGAGGACGGAGUCACGUACUUGCUCGUGCACCUCAUUCCGGAUACCCGAUACCUCAUCCGGGUGGCCGCACGAAACGCCGCCGGUCUCAGCGAUUGGACCGAGGUGAAAGAAUUCACCACCCAUCCGCUGCAGCCCCAUGGGUUCAAUUCCGGUGCUGCUGGUCCGGAUACCAGCGCUUUUCUCUUCCUACGAUUGCUGACCGCCCUGGGCUCCAUACUGCUCUCGACGGUGGUGAAAUUAAAAUUUUAACCAUGGACGCUAGGUUAGAAUCCAGAAGCCAAUAAAAACGUAGAAUUUCAAUCAAAAGACUCUGUGAAAAAUUGCACUGAAAGGGAGGAAAUUGACGUCACGUACACUCACACAUACAUACACAGACAUACAAAAACACACAUUCGUACCGAACAGCUCAUAGCAAACUGGAAGCAACUCAAGCAAGAACCAUUUUUUUUUCCUUUCGCCGCUGACCGCAUUCGAGUUCCGUUCUGAUAGGAUAGCAGCCAGCAGCACUGAACGAAAACAUUCUCCAUUCAAGUUGGAAAGUGUUGCAUGCUGAAUAACAGUGUUUUCACACGAACUCUAAAAAAAAAGAUGAGUAACAUCAAUUUCACGGAGCAUGAGUUUGGAGGCCAUAGGACCGAACGCGAUUCGAUGACGUUGUUCCAACAAGCGGUCAGUAAUCAAAGUAGUCCACACAAUUUGCGCUUUUUUUUUCUUUUCUUCAAAUAACAAACGAAGCAGGCGCUAAAAGGUGACACCGCAAAACCGGAAUAACAGCGCUCUAGUUCGUAAGGUGAAAUUAGGUAACAGGAAUUCUUAUUACCCCACAACAGGGGGGUACGUAAAUUAAGAUAGGUAAUAGGGAACGAUGUGAAUGAAUGGUCAGUCAAAAAGCCAGAAUCAAGGAAUAAAGAAAAACAGUCAAAAGAAUGUGCAAUGUACGAAAUUAGAUUUAAUCCGAGAAACGAGUUUAAUACGAUUCGAUUCCCAAUCGAAAUAAGUGAGUGUGGCGUAAUCAUUGGCAAGGUAAGUGUUCUUCCGACGAAUAUUAUGUCUUUUGGGUUCAGAAACACGCGCUUCUAUGUAUUCAAGUGAAAAACGGUGGAUGAAUACGCUUGUUCAAUGUUUAAAAUUGAACUGAUUGUUGUUGUGAUUGAUAUUUGAAUUUAUUUAUGUUAGGAGUUAUGUCUGUCGAAGAAGUCAUGUCAUGGAGAGUUGUAAUUC